UACAUAUAUAUCGAUGAUUGAAACGUCUAUUAAAAAAUAAAAUGCAUAUGAAUUCUAUGGUAAAAUGCCAACCAAACAAGCGAAACGUCAAAGUCAAAUCAUUCAAAAUCAAAAAAGUCAAAAAGCAAAACAAAUCUUAAAAAUUGUUGAUCCGACGAUUGUUUGUAGAAUUUUAUAAAUGUUUCAUUAUAACAAUAUGUCUCAUGACACAAAACAUUCCGUUUACGUUAUAGCACUUCGUUCAAAGUAAACAGUGCGAAGUGACAAUAUUGCAAAAUGGGGGAAGCAUACUUUACCCUCAAGCGUAAGCUAGAGGAUCUCGGUUAUAACAUAACAUUACCGAUAGACGCUGUACCCUUGGUAGAAUGUAUACUAGCAGACCUUUUGCAAACCACACGCAGUUUGCAACACUACAUGGAUUUAUCGAAAGAAGCUUUAAUGCAGCGCGAUUCUCUGAUGAUGGAAGCUGAGCCUUACAAAUGUGAUAAUGCUAAGUUAAUACAGGAAAACAAUCGUCUUCACAAAGAGAUUAUGAAAUUGUCGGAAGAAAGCCUCAAAGAGAGAAAAGAGUCCAAGAGAAAAUUAAAGAAUUUGUCUGAAGAGCUUAUAAAAAAAGAUUUGACUAUAAGUAAAUUACAACAUGAUCUAAGAGACCUAAGCCUGAGAGGAUUGUGUGCUGACACUUUAAGUAGUCGCAACAAAAGUAGGAGAAGAGAUGUGGAAGUUGGUUCGUCCAGAACAUGCAUAUGUAGUGAAAAAAGGAGUUCCAGCAGUGACAAAGACCUCACAGAAUUGACACAAAAGAUUCAGUCCCUUGAAGAGAAGAAUGAUGCAUAUUGUGAUGAAAUAAUGGUGCUUAAAAGUCAAGUUGAGAAUAGGGAUGAUGAAAUUAUGCGCCUCAAUAUGUUAUUAGAAGGCGGCAGGCCCUUAACUGCUAUAAGUAGAGAAUGUUGUAACAUUAGCUCCAAUGAAAGAAUCCAAAACUUAAUGAAAGAUUUACGAGAACUAGAAUCAGCUAAUGAUCUACUGAAGAAAGAAAUUGAUAAUGGUUUAGAGAAACAACAUGAAGCAAUGCUGCGAGCAUUAACUCUUGCAGACAAAAAUAAAAGUUUACAAGAAGAAUUACAAAAAGUAGAUACAUUAGCUUUGAAAGUGGAAGAAGAUUGUAAUAAGAGACUAGCUUCAAUGACAAAUGAAGUUAACUUCUUGCAAAAGAGAGUAGAAGGCUUGGAGUCCAGAAAUACGACGUUGGAAAGUCAACUUACAGAGUAUCAGCUCAAAGAAAAUACACCCAGAAUAAACAAAUUGCAGGAAGAAUUAGCAUUAGCCCUAAAAGAAAAUGAAUCAUUACAAAAUGAGAUCAAAGAUCUGAUAAGUCUUAAUAAGAAUUUACAAGAUAAGAUUGUAAAAUUGCCUCAAGUCAGGACUCCAUCAGAAGUCAGUGAUACACUUGGACGCAGUAAAGACAAAGUAAACUGUCCAACUAAAAGUGAAUUACAGAAACUUUUAAGAGAUGAAAGAAAUAAAUAUGAGAUUCAUAUAAAUAGUGUCCAAGAAAAGAUGACUGAAAUCAUGAAUUCCUUUAAUCAGCAUAUGUUAAAAUGUAAAGAUAGAGAUAGUUCUAGAAUAAACAGUUCAAAAGAGAAUGCAUUUAUAAGAGAUUUACACACUCAACUAUGUGAGAAAGAGCAGAAAAUAUUGAUGUUAAGAAAAGAAAUUGAUGAAUUGAAAAGGAAAACAUGUUAUAUGGAGGAGAAUAGUAAACAAAAUUUCAAAGAUGUUAUUAGUCAGUUGAAUGUAGAAAAUGCUGAAUUGUCAAAAGAAAACAUACUUCUGAGUAAGCAACUGAGUCAAUACAAAAAUUUGAACUCAGCAACUGCACAAGCACAGCAACACAGCAGUGACAGAGGUGAUUUCGUCAGAAAUGAUAUUCAAAAACUCAAAGAUCAAAUAAAUGAAUUGUUGAAUCAAAUUCAGUUACUGAAGAAAGAUAAACAAGAAUAUAAUUUGAGAUAUAAAGAAGCCCUGGAAUUGUCAGAAAAAUUGAAAAUGGAUUUAGUAUUUAAACAGAAAGAGAUAGAACAUCUGGAAGAAGAAAAUUGUUCUUAUAAAAUGACCAGUAGAAAUGGCAAAGCUUCUACAGAACAUCUUAAGGACGAAUGUAAUUUCUUGAGAGAUCAGUUGAAGAAACUGCAAUCAGAUGUUAUUAAAGAGAAAACACUUUCAAGUCAAAUAAAGAAUAUUCAGAUUGAAACAGAAAGGAGUGGUCAUGAGUUACAAAAUGAGCUUCUGAGUGUACAGAAGAAACUUAGUUUAGCUAAUGACAAGAUAGAGUCACUGGAAAAGAAGUGCAAAGACCUACAAUCUGAAAUGACAAGCAUAAGGAAUGACAAAUCAAAUCUUAUUGAGAACAUCAGAAAAGUUGAUCAGGAAAGGGAUAAAUUGGUGAUGGAACUGGAUCACAAAACUGAAACUAUAUGUUCGCUGGAACAAAAGAUUAAAUCUCAGACAUAUAAUAUAAGUAAAUUAGAAAACGAAAUCUCAGAUUUGAAUAGAAAAAUAAAUGCUAACAAAGUGUCAGAACACAAAUUAGCUGAUAAUGAAACACAAAUUACAUUCCUUAAUGGUGAAAUUUUAAGACUGAACAAACAACUUGACACUGCUAUUAUGGAAAAUAAACACUUGCAAAAUAGUUUAGCUGAUGCUAAUGGCGCACUAAAACUUACUAAGAUAGAGCAUGAAAAAUCGCGAAAGGAAGUAGAAGGCUUAAAACAACAACUGCAGCACUAUGUUGCUGAAGUCAGGCGUAUUGAAGAGUUAUUAUCACAAAAAGAAGCUGAAAGGUCUGAUAUGUUAGAACAUUUUGCUAGCCUCUCAGUAGAAGCUAAUAUUUUAGAAAAUACAAAUCACUCUCUCGAAAGUGAGUCUGCUUCUAAGACAGUACAGUUGCAAACCUCAACAAGCAGGAUCCAUGGCUUGGAGGCCAAACUUCAUGACAAGGACAAUAUAAUUGAGACACAAGCAUCUCGUAUAGCUACUUUGCAGUGUAAAAUAAAUUCAUUGGAAAAUGAAGUCAAACUCAUGGCUGAAGAGAAAACUAUACUUGAGCAAAACAUUUCUUAUUUGAAACAAAUGUGCAGUAAUUUGCAAUCUGAGAAAUUAAAUACAAGUAAAGGAAUUAAUGAAGCUGAUUCAGAGUUAAAGCUUUAUGAGAAUAGAAUAAAAAGUCUUUCUAAUAGGAAGACCAAGCUUGAAAUAGAAAAUGAAGAGAUGAAACAAAACUUGGCUACAACAGAGAAGUUGUUAUCAAAUGCACGAAAAGAGAUAGUAGAGCUCAAGUUAGUAUUGCAAGAUGCUACCUCAGAAACUAAAUCUCUGCAAGAGAGUGUCAACAGAUUAACCAAAAGAGAUGAAGAACAUCGAGAGUCUACUUUAGUGGAAGAUGUUGAAUAUGAACUACCACCUAUUAUGCUUGACGAGAUCCAGGAGGGCAGUAAUGAGGAUGAUGAAGAAACUAAUUUUGAGAGCAUCCAGAAAAGGUUUACAAAGUAUUCUCACAGUAGCAGCACUCUGUAAUGCUAUGAAAUUAUAAGUUCUUGGAACAUUUCUCACACACAGGGUAAGGUAUACUGAUAAUAAUGUAUUGUGUAUACUAAAGUAUACAAUACUUAUCAAUCUAGUUCAAUAUAGAAAUUAAUCUUAUUAUAUAAUAAUAAUAUUGUCUUUGGUGAUGUCGAAUUUGUAACAGAUGAAUUGUUUGUGUUCAUUAUUAUAUGUAGAAUUAAUUUGUAUAUAAUUAUAAAGACCUAAUAUAUGGACUUGAUGUAUUGUAUGUUAAGUUUUAUUUCUCAAAAGUAUAGGAUUUUAUAUAAUAAAAGUGCCACAAAUUAUAUCCAAACCA